AAAAAAGAAAUAGUUUCAAAAAAAGAAAUAGUUUCAAAAAUAGAAACACUUUCAAUUUAAUAAUAAAUUUUCUUAUCUUUUCCCCCAUUAACAUUAGUUAUCAUAUUUAUCAAAAUGCAUGCCUCAGCAGUAGUCUGUGAUGAACGCGUCACUGAAAAUCAAUCACAAUCACCUUGUAAAGCUCGUCAUUUCAAGGCUAUUGAAGGAAUUCCUUCAACUUAUAUUUAUGUUGAAGGAAUAGAUAAACCAUUUUGGGUUCAUGAGGAAUAUCUCGUUCUUCAAUCCGUUUUCUUUCAAGAAACUCUUCAAAAUGUCACUUCUGGGGAUAUAAUUACAAUUACUUUACCUUCUCCUGAUACUUUUGAACAUAUCUUGCAAUAUUUAUAUGAUGGUGACGCUGAUAAAUGGUAUGAUACUUUGACUCCUGAAAAUUAUUUCGGUGUCUGGCAAAAUAUUGAAUCUCUCGGUUUGGGAAUUGAAGCGAGGGCCAUUUGUCUUACUUAUUAUCAUAGCGAGAUUAAAAAGAAAAACUUAAAUGAUGAUGAUGAUGAUGAUGAUGAUGAAGAAUGUAUUCGAUAAAUUUUCAUAAAUUUCAUUAAACCCAUAAUUUUUAUACUUUUUUUUCAUUAAUAGCGAUUUUAUUAUAAAAUGAACAUUUUUAAACAAAACAAAACAUUUUUAAAUUUUAUAUGUUGAUAACUUUUACAUUCAAUUUCAAAUUUUUACAAAUUUCACACAUUUAUUUCAACAACCGCUAAUACGCAUUUCUCCAAUAAUUUUUUUUUUUGUAAGAUUCUUUUCAUAAAUAUUAAUAAUAUUAUAGAUAAAUUUAUUUCAUAUAUACAUAUUCCGAAA